AUGUCUUCAAAAGAUCCGGGCAUUGAGCAGAGGCAGGUUGAUCCUGCCGUCCGCAACCAGCCUCUGCAAGGGGCCACAAUUGAUGAGAAGGCAGCCGCAAUGCCUAAUGGGAACGCUCAUGAAGCGGCUGAAAGAGGCCAUGUGGCCACUGACAAGUAUGGUCGACCUAUCGUCAGCUUUGAUCCCAAAGCCGAGUCAAGGCUGCGCUUGAAAAUUGAUCUCUAUAUUGUCCCAACUGUUUCGCUUCUGUAUCUGUUCUGCUUCAUUGAUCGAGCUAAUAUCGGAAAUGCGAAACUCGCCGGCUUCGAGAAAGAGCUGCACCUGGCUGGAUACGACUACAAUAUUGUUCUCUCGGUUUUCUACGUGUCGUACAUCAUCUUCGAACUCCCUGGAAAUCUGGCCUGCAAGUACUUUGGCCCUGGCUGGUUCAUCCCUGCCGUCUCACUUGGCUUCGGCAUCUGCUCCCUAGGCACGGCCUUCGUCCACAACCUCUCGGCAGCUUGUGGUGUACGUUUCCUUCUGGGCAUCUUCGAGGCCCCUAUGAUGCCGGGCAUUGCAUAUUAUUUGUCACGAUGGUACAGAAGAAGCGAGCUAGCUUUCCGACUCUCACUGUACGUCGUCAUGGCUCCUCUUGCCGGCGCCUUUGGCGGUCUGCUGGCCUCCGCCAUCCUUAAACUCGACCACUUUGGAGGGCUUCAUGCAUGGCGCAUGAUAUUUGCCAUCGAGGGCAUCAUUACCUGCGGCCUGUCGGUCAUAGCCUUCUUUACCCUGACCGAUCGUCCAGCGACCGCCAGAUGGCUGACCCAGGAAGAAAAGGACCUUGCCAUUGCGCGGGUCAAGUCCGAGAGGGUUGGUACUACCGAAGUCCUCGACAAGCUCGACAUUCCUAAGAUUCUCCAUGGCGCCGUGAGCCCGGUCACUCUUCCCAUUGCCUUCAUCUUCCUGCUCAACAACAUCACGGUCCAAGGUCUUGCCUUUUUUUUGCCCACCAUCGUCAAAACCAUAUAUCCCAAGAAUUCGGUGGUUUCGCAACAGCUUCACACCGUACCGCCUUACGUGGUUGGAGCCUUCUUCACCGUUCUAUUACCCUUUAUCUCCUGGCGCCUCGACCGUCGGAGUAUUUUCUUCAUCAUAACAACGCCCAUGAUGAUGGUCGGCUACAUUCUGUUCUUGGCUAGUACCAGCCCGCACGUCCGCUAUGGUGCAACCUUCCUCAUUGCCAGCGGUGCAUUCCCGUACGGUGUGCUUUGUAACGCUCAGGUGGCUGCCAACGUUGUAUCUGACACGGCACGAUCCGCCGCAAUCGGCACGAACGUGAUGCUGGGCAAUAUUGGUGGCUUGAUCUCGACAUGGUCUUUCUUACCCUUUGACGGGCCCAAUUAUCACAUUGGCAAUGGCUUGAACUUGGCCACUUCUUCCACCAUUUUCAUCGGCUCGGUUGUUUUGCAUUUCUGGAUGUCGGCCGAUAACAAGCGCAGAGCGACGAAGGACGUCGACGCAGAGUUGGAUGGGUUGUCGGUGAAGCAGGUUCAAGAUUUGGAUUGGCGCCAUCCCGCUUUCAGAUGGAAGCCUUGA